AUGGGCCUCUCGUUCGGGUGGCUGGUGGCACUGGCAGCCCCCACCGAUGGAUUGCCGCAGGGAGGUCCCCGGCUGUGCUCUUUACGCCCACCGUUGCCAGAGCUGACUGAUGAGCAGACGCAACGCCUGGACCGCCGUGCGGGGUCUGCGGCCACAUCCUCAGGCAUCUGCCAGCAGGCAUCGUCCUGGGGGUUCCUUGAGGCCUCGGCGGAGAGGAUCAUCUGGGAGGGACGGCUCUUCGAUGCCGACCCGGACGAGGAGCGGGUUUUGCAAGAUGCAGCUUCCACCUACGAGGACUGUCCUGGCGCCUUGCUGCUGGCCCUCCUGGCCUGUGCGGCCCGCGCUGCCUCAGCCCGGAAUCUGCCGGCCAUGGACAGCUGGGAGUAUGCCUUCGCGGCAUGGAACAGCUUGCCUUGGACCAAGCCACUGGCGUGGCACAACUUGCAGGAUCCUCUCGUUCGCCCAGCACUCUACGCGGCGGUCUCCCAGACGAAGGUUCUGAGGGCAUGCCUCACGCGCCCGGAGGACAUCUGCAGCAAGGUGACGAUGAUCGUCAUGCAGAACCUGGAGCAUGCGGCCGGGAUGUCACUAACGGUAUCUCGCGAUGGCUUUACGAACCUUCCUGGCCAUUCGGAGCUCUCACAGUCGCUCCUGGUCCUGACGAACUACGCCCAUCUGCUCACAUCCGGCGACAGCUGCUGGGGCGCCAGGCUGCUGGCGCACCUCUUCACUGCCCGAAGGCUGAUCGACCUGCUGCCUGACUAUGGCGAGCAGCACGUGACGGAGGCCCAUUUCCUCUUGGAGAAGCUCCAGACGAAUGGCACUCUCUACGGAGACUUUGCUGGCGCGUGCAACUUGCUCAGCCGAGAUCUCGAAGUCCAUCGGCGCUGGCUCCGGGAUCGGCCGGCGACUCCCCAGCUCCCACAGGUUCCUCCUCUGCUCGGCGCGCUGGCGAUCUGGGAGCGAGGGCUUGCACCGGUCUUCUCGGAGUCCCAGAAAGACCUGGUGCUGGAGCGUAUCUUCGCCAUGAUCGGUACCACCAGCCGCUUCUUUGUGGAAGUGGGAACACAAACUGGGGAGCAGUGCAACACGCGGUACCUUCGGGUGCGAUAUGGCUUCCACGGCCUCAUGCUGGAUGACAACUUCCGGAACUCCCGCGUCAACUUGAAGCGAAAGUUCAUCACCCCAGCGAACAUCGUGGAAAUCUUUCAGGAGAGCGAGGUUCCUACAGAAUUCGACCUCCUGUCCCUGGAUACUGAUGGCUAUGAGUGGCUGCUGUGGAUGAAGCUGAAUCAGGCUGGCUACUCCCCUCGGGUUGUGGUCUUGGAGUACGGUGAGAACCUGCCCUACACCGAGGACGUCAUCAUCCGAUACACACCCUUUCCGGUGCAUCGACUCUGCCUCUCCCAACUGCAGCGAUUUCCCAAGGUUUCGGGAGCUAGCAUCACCAGCCUGCUGAAGCUGGGCCGUGCGUGGGGCUACCACUUGGUUCACCUGGUGGCAUGCGGAACCAGCGACUUGAUCUUCAUCCGGGAGGAUGCCAUGGGCGCCCGUGCUUUCCCAGCACAGAACGACGCCGCGGCCCUAUGUCGCCUCAGUGCUUACCAGUGCGAGGCAAGCGAGAUCUGGUGUGCAACGCGAUGGCCGGGGGGUGCGCCCCCGAGCCAGGAGCUGCAAGCCAACGCCGAGCAGGCGCUGGCUGGCGACUACGAACUCCAGCGUGCCUGGUCGAUGGAGAGGAGGGGUCAGGUUGCGAGAGGAGCUGUGCUAGCUGAAGGGCCAGCGAUUCUGCACGAGCUCCCGAGGAUUGAGACUUGCUACGGCGACAUCGCCGAGUUUGGCGGCAAGGGUCCCGAGACGCGCCGGAUCAACGCCGAAGGCAACAGCUACCUCCAGAACCACUUCCCGCGGCUGAGCUACAUCCGAAGAGCCAGACCACUGGAUUGGACGCCGCCCGGAGGUGGCGAGGCUGUGGUGGAGGCGGCGCUGGUGCCUUCGAGGAACACUGCGCAGGCAGCUGCCAGAGAGGCCCAGCUGCGCGCAAGUGAAGCCGGUCACUCAGCCCUACUGGCUGCGCAGGCCAAGGAUCCGGAAGAAGCGAUCCGGGCUGCCGCCACGGCUCGCCAUGCAGCGCAGGCUGCCCAGGCCGCGGCUGAAGCGGCAGAGGCCGCCAGUGCUGCGCUCCUGGGUGCGCGAGGAGAGUCAUGGCGAGCUUCGUCGCCCCCGCGGCGCAGCCUCGCCGCUCCGCCGGGAGACCGCGCGCCUGCCAGCCACAGGUCUGCGAGCGUGGGGAGUUUUCGCUCCGGCCGAUCUAGCGUUCCCUUUAUGAUCCAGCGACCUACAAUAACACCACCCGCGAUGCAGUCGGCACGUGGGCACAACAGCUAUGUGCCCCACGCCUCACUGCCAUCGACACCUAUGUGGCCACAGCCUAUGCUGCCGCAGGCCAUGGCUUACGUGCCUCAAAUGGCUUCACAAGCCUCGCUGCAUCUUCCAUACACCCCUCAGUUGACCCCUCAGCUUCAGGCGCCGAUGCCACAGCAACAUCUGCCUGGGCAGCACGCCCAGGUCCAGCAGCUACCCCAACAGCAGCUGCCGCAGCAGCAGCUACAGCAACUGCCUCCGCAACAGCUACCCCCACAGCAACUGACUCCGCAGCUGUCCUCACAGCAGCUACCUCCACAGCAACUGCCUCCACAAACUCCACAGCAUCCAUUUGCUCAGCUGCUGCAGCAGUCACCACAGAGGCAGCCAGGACUGGCGCAGAUGCCAGGCAUGAACAUGAACCUGUGCCUGUCGCCACAGCGGGAGCACUUCCUGUAG